CUUUCCAUGGAUAGGGUUAGAGACCCCUGGUAUAUUUGACCUCAGUGUUAGAACAUCUGAAAGCAGCACUUUGACUCAAGGCCGCUGCAUUGCUGCUGAUAACAGUGGGAUACAGUCACAUGCAACACAUCUUUGACUCCAAAUCGAAUCUGAGCAUGUCCCGGUCCCCUCCAGCAGCUGACUCAUACCAGCAGGGCUGCAUCAGGAUGACCCUGGAGAAUGCUGAUCUGUGGAAGUCCUUUCACAGCAUCGGGACAGAGAUGAUUAUAACAAAGCACGGAAGGAGAAUGUUCCCACACUGCAGCAUCAGCCUAUACGGGCUCCAACCUUUUGCAAAUUACGUCGUCAUGAUGGAUAUGGUUCCUGUAGACAACUUCAAAUACAAGUGGAAAAAGGAGCAGUGGGAGGUCGCAGGGAAGGCAGAGCCCCAGCCCAUGAGUCGGACAUACAUGCAUCCGGACUCCCCUGCCCCAGGAAGUCACUGGAUGAAACAGCCGUUGUCUUUCCUCAAGAUGAAGCUCACCAACAACACCUUGGACCAGCACGGCCAUAUCAUCCUGCACUCUAUGCAUCGCUACUGCCCCAGGUUUCACAUCACGCAGGCAGACAGUCCUUACACUGUUCGCUGGGGGCCUUUCCAGACCUUCUCCUUCCCAGAGACAACCUUCACUGCAGUGACUGCUUACCAAAACCCAAAGAUCACCAAACUGAAGAUCGACCACAACCCCUUCGCUAAGGGAUUCAGGGAGGGAGGCACUCAUUCACACAGCAAAAGGUGUCGAUCAAAUAGGAGUCCUCCAGCAAAAAGAGCCAUACUAGACAGGGAAGCUCUUUGCAGCAGUCCUCCAGGCCUGCAGAGGAUGCCCUCCACCUCUCAGUCAGUGAAGACAGGGAGAGAUCAGGCUUCCACACAGCAGCCACUGAAGGGGGGUGACCUUACAGCCUGGGCUGUAGAGCAGGACCCAUCUGAGAGUCUACACGCUGAGCCCCUGGAGUUGCAGGAAUAUGACUACAGCUGUGAAGAACAGAUGGUGCCUGCAUCCGUGCCAUACCAGCCCUACAGAUCUUUAGAGUACACCAGAUAUCCACUGCCUUCCAAUGACGUAGACGCAACACACACCCACGUCCACCCUCCACCUCACUCACUUCCCACUGCCGAACACAACCCCCAACAACACAGCUACUACCAUCAUCCACACCACCACAGCCAUGCAGCAGACUGGAGCCAGUACCCGCUCUUCUCCUACUCCUGCUGGUGACCUUUGACCCUUUGCAAUAGUGACAUCAUUGAUCCAGGAUGAAACCAUUAAAGCCUUUGAAGGAAUGCUGUUAUCAUGAGUGGACCAGCCACUGACUGGCCAUUUCAGUUUGUGUUAAAAGUAUAUAAUUGUGUAUAGAAUUUCAUGUAUCUCAGAGAGCUUGUAUUGUACUCAUAGGGUCACUUUAUUUUUUGUCAGAUUCACUGGACAAAAUGGACAUUCACUUCACUUUCCUGUCUUAUUAUAUUCCUGAUCACACACAUGCUAGUUCAGUCUGAGCUUGCAUGACUGUGUGUGUCAGAUUUAAUACAAUAUUUGUUUAGAGAAGCAGUAUACACUGUAUAUUGUGCCAUAUCUAGUCAGCUGGGAAAUAAGGAAGAAAUUUAAUCUGCCGGUGUAAUGAAAAGAUACCAUCCACAUUGGAACCUAUCAUAACACUGGUAUCAUAUUGAGAUAUCAAAGGUUUUUUGAAAAGGUUUUUCUCAAAAAUAUAUUGUACUCAUCUAUCAAGUCAUAUCAGACAGGUCAUAUUGUGUCAGUAUCGGUAUCUGCAUCAAAAAACGACAAAAGUGUAUUGGUGUUUAGAUGAUCAGGACAGUUUUAUCACAAUAAAUG